AAAAUCUGGUAGGCACCAUCUCUGGAGAUCUCAGCUGCCAGGUAAGAUUUGGCUUUUCUUCUUCUCUUUGUUGAGCUGCCAUUCCGAGAUAAUGUCUUUUAACUGGGUUCUGGGUUAAACAGUCUCUGUACUGGUUUCCUGUGUCCACCUAUCCUAGCAAGUGCAGCUGCUGCGUCUGUGGGCUGACACACAAUGAAAGCAUGUCUAAGGAGGCUUACUGCAAAGUGGAGGAAUUUCCAGUGGGGGAAGGACUAUUUUUCACUGCCUGGAGUUUGAAUGGGUGAAGGGGCACUUUGGGAACUGCCUGAGAGUGUCUCAGCCUGCUGUAUGCAUGCUCAGGAACCGGCUCAUCCUUGGACCUGACCACCAGGGAUAGUCCCUAUGGGACUGUGAGCGCCGCUGCCACCCAGGCUGUGUCAUGGAGGCAAGGGAUACCAUCAUGGAGAUCUCAUCAAAAGAAAAUACUCAGUUUUUCUCAUACAACACGGUCCUGCCGGUUGACCGAUCUUCAUUCAAAUCUGAAUCUUCUGCAUCCAAGGGAAAGCAAUCGUGUUGUGGAGGGAUAAAGAUAUUCCUUGGUGCAUUGUCUUUUGUUUAUUUUGCUAAAGCACUGUCAGGAAGUUACCUAAAAAGUACUAUCACACAAAUAGAAAGAAGAUUUGAUAUCCCUUCCUCUUUGGUUGGCAUUAUCGAUGGCAGUUUUGAAAUUGGGAACCUCCUAAUCAUAAUUCUCGUAAGCUACUUUGGAGCGAAGCUUCACAGGCCAAGAAUAAUUGGAGCAGGCUGCUUAAUUAUGUCAGCUGGAACAUUCCUAAUUGCCAUGCCCCAGUUCUUCAUGGGACGGUAUCGGUAUGAGAGAUUCACUUCCACCAUCAAUUCCACCGCUAGCAUCUCUCCGUGUCUGCAGGAUAAAAGCCAAACUCCACUCUCAUCCCUGGAAAAGUCUCAAGCAAAAAUAAAUGCAGGAUGUGAAAAAGAAGCAGGUUCUUCCAUGUGGAUCUAUGUUUUGCUGGGAAAUCUUUUGCGUGGAAUUGGUGAAACUCCUAUCCAGCCUCUGGGAAUUACAUACAUUGAUGAUUAUGCCAUUGAAGAAAAUGCUGCCUUAUACAUUGGCUGUGUACAGACAGUUGCGAUUAUAGGACCAAUAUUUGGCUUUCUUCUAGGAUCCCUGUGUGCCAAACUUUAUGUUGACAUUGGCUUUGUAGAUCUGGACAGUGUAACAAUAACUCACAAGGACGUGCAGUGGGUGGGAGCCUGGUGGCUAGGUUACUUGAUAGCAGGUGUGAUUAGUGUUCUGGCUGGCAUCCCCUUCUGGUUCCUGCCUAAGCACCUUCCAAACCCAGAAAGAAGAAAGGACUCCAGUACCUCUUCUGAGCAAUCCAAGUUCAUCACUGAGGAUAACAAAGACCAACACAAAUUUUAUCAGCAACAAGUGAAGAUUACUGAGAUGGCAAAAGACUUCUUGCCAUCACUGAAGAGCCUCUUUGGGAAUCCAGUUUACAUUUUGUAUUUGUGUGCAAGUAUCAUUCAGUUCAAUUCUUUAAUUGGCAUGGUGACAUACAAGCCAAAGUACAUUGAGCAACAGUAUGGGCAAACAUCUUCAAAAACCAAUUUUGUCAUAGGUCUUAUCAACAUUCCUGCUGUGGCUUUUGGCAUAUUCUCUGGAGGACUCAUCAUGAAAAAAUUUAGAAUCAAUGUGUUAGGGGCUGCAAAACUCUCCUUAGGAUCAUCUUUCUUUGGCUACCUUCUGCUCCUCUCUUUAUUUGCAAUGGGCUGUGAGAAUUCGGAUGUGGCUGGACUGACUGUGUCGUACCAUGGAACUAAACAGAUGACUGAUUAUGAGCAAGCCCUGUUUUCAGAGUGCAACUCAGGCUGUGCAUGUUCCAAGAACGACUGGGACCCCAUCUGUGGGGAAAAUGGAGUUACCUACAUUUCUGCUUGUCUGGCUGGCUGUCACGCAUCCAAUGGCAGUGGGAAAAACACUGUAUUUUUUAACUGUAGCUGUGUGGGAACUUCGGAAUCUCCUUCACAAAGCUCCUCAGCUGUGGUGGGACCAUGUCAAAAAGGAAAUGAGUGCCCAAAAAAGUUUCUAUAUUUUCUAGUAAUAUCAGUUAUCACUUCAUACACUUUGUCAGUAGGUGGCACACCUGGAUACAUUCUGCUUCUAAGAUGCAUUAAACCACACUUGAAAUCAUUUGCACUUGGUAUCUACACUCUGGCAAUAAGAGUACUUGCGGGAAUUCCAGCCCCAGUGUAUUUUGGAGUGGCCAUAGAUACUACUUGCCUGAAAUGGGGAAGCAAAAGAUGUGGGGGAAGAGGAGCAUGCAGACUAUAUGACUCCAGUGCACUCAGGUAUGUGUAUCUGGGGCUGACUUUGAUGUUGGGCACGGUGUCCAUUUUCUUCAGUGUUGCUGUCCUUUGGGUUCUCCGGAAAAGGUCUUCUUCACAUGAUGAGAACCUCUCAACCAACGGGGAGAGUGGCACCUGUGGGACAAAGAGCAGGAAAGAUAAUUUAGUCAAUAGUGAUCAUUUAAUUCAGACAACUUACUGGCCAGAAAAGGAGACUAGACUUUAGGAAGACUGAGAUCUCACCGUGACUUUACCCAGUGAGUGGUGCUCCAGGCAAAAGUCCAUCAUCAGUGAGGAGAUAUUUUAGCAUCCACCCUGAAAACAUCCACCUUCAUGUAAUUUUCACUGUAAACAGCAAAGACAAUCAUUUUAGCACAUGUAUAACUCUGAAAACACCGCUCACCAUAUGUCCUACCAAGUCAGUGCCACUCAAGUGAGAGGAAUUGUCGUGGCUGGAGAGUUGCAGCUUGCUUCCCCACCAAGAAGCCUGGUUUAUGGCUGCCCCUCAGCUCCCUUCUGUAUGUGACAGGUAGUGUGGAGUCUGCAAUGCAGCUCUGUCCACCGUGGUAGUGGACCAAGGGGAGCUAGUGCACAAAACCUGACUUGGCUGCCUGGAAGUUCCAGGGAUAUUCUGCACACAGCUCGCCCUGGCAAGCAGUGCAGCAUGGGGUAGGAGGAAGGCGGUUUGCUGAAAGAGCAUCUGAUGAGUUCAACCUGUAACACUUAGAAAAUCAAGUAGCUCUGUUAUAGCACAACAAUAACAGCAAUAGAAGUUGUCCUUGCAGUUAAAGAGACCACAAAAGUAUUGUCCAAAGGAAACUGGAAUAAAAAUAGAGCUUCUUUAGCUUUACAUCAGUUUCUUGGUACUUGCUACUAGUCAGUAUCCUGAAUAACUCCAUUCAUUUUAUGCAAUGUAUUAAUACCAUGAUACAAGUGAAAUAUGAUUUAUUUUUGAAAAAGCUAUGACAAGCAAGCUUGGGAACAAUAAAAUUAAUUCAAAGACCAGGUGAUAUGGAGGCUUUUCCUUUGAAUUUAUUGUAAAUGCUCACUAAAACUAAGACAUGUAUCAUAACAUCCUUUUAAAUACAA